AUGACGGCCGUGGGGCCUGCACGGCUUGCGGCCCUAAUAGAAGAGAUCGCUGCCGACAAACGGCUGCAAGCAGAUAUGGAAAUCCUUCCUGCAAACUAUACUUUCGAAAUCCCAAAAACAAUCUGGAAAAUUCGUUCUACUGGUAGCAAACAAGUGGCGCUACAGUUUCCUGAAGGUUUGAUCAUGUAUUCCUGUCUAAUCGCGGACAUUCUGGAGAAGUAUACCGACUGCACAAUAGUUAUCAUGGGCGAUGUUACUUAUGGAGCAUGCUGUGUGGAUGACUAUACCGCAAAAUCUUUAGGCUGCGAUCUUCUUGUGCAUUAUGGUCACAGCUGUCUUGUACCUAUCCAGAACACUGAAGGAAUAGCAUUACUAUAUAUUUUUGUGAGCAUAAAUAUCAACAUCAGUCAUUUUGUCGACUGCAUUCGCGACAACUUCAGGCCUCCAUGCAAACUUGGAUUGGUUAGCACUAUUCAGUUUGUAUCAUCUCUUCAGUCAGCUCGUGCGGCUCUUGAAGAUAGUGGACUCGAGAUUAUUUUACCUCAGUGCAAACCGCUUAGCCCUGGGGAAAUUCUCGGAUGCACCUCGCCACAAUUGGGCGAUAGCUGCGACGCUGUUGUAUACCUUGGUGACGGGAGAUUCCAUUUGGAGUCUCUGAUGAUUCAUAAUCCAUCAGUGAAAGCAUAUCAGUAUGAUCCGUAUUCGAGAAAGUUUACUCGAGAGCACUACGAUUUCGACGUAUUGAUGAAGAAUAGGAAAGGAGCAAUAGAUAUAGCUCGUAAGUGCACUGUAUUUGGUAUCAUUCAAGGAACACUCGGUCGCCAGGGAAAUAUAAAGAUUGUAGAGGAACUGGAGCGGCGGUUAGAGGCCAAAAACAAGAAGUUUAUGCGAGUUUUGUUAUCUGAAAUUUUCCCAGAUAAGCUAGCGAAAUUCGAGGAAGUCGACUGUUGGGUGCAAGUGGCAUGUCCUCGCUUGUCCAUUGAUUGGGGUGUAGAGUUUCCAAGACCUCUUUUGUCGCCGUUUGAGCUCGCUGUGGCCCUUGAUGAAAUCGCCCUUCCAUCUUCACACUAUCCAAUGGAUUAUUACGCCAAUAAGUCGCUUGGACCUUGGACGAAUAAUCAUGAAUCCUAUCGGCCAGUGAGAACUAGGCGGCGAGAAAAGGUGGUGGUAACUGCUGCAGGAAUUUGAGCUUUUGUCACAAUCUCUUUGCAAAAUUCUUCAUACUUCUCACAUAGAACGGUAGUUCCCACGUUGAAUGGACCGAUUAUGUUACGGCUGUGUACUUCUCAUCUCUACUUGCGUCAUUUUACAAUCCUGAACGUGCUGUGUAAAGCUUCUUCUGCAGCCGGGAACAUUAAGCUGUGUAACUUCAGCCUUUUGCAGAGUAUUCAUCAAUCACCUUUUUGGAUUUGCUCUUCCAAUGUUCACCAUGCAAAGAUUUGCUGCUUCUAUACAAAAACUUCCCA